CAUAUUUGUAAUUGAUUAUGAAAAGUUGAAGUGGCUAAGUCUGUGUUUGUGAAACAGCAGGGAGAGCGGGAACGCGUUGCGUAGACAUCACAUCCUCCUCCUCUACAUAAGCGCCCUCGCAUCCCAUUCUUUGCACACUCAACAAGCAUUCACCAUUCUCACACCUCUUCAUUUUUUUCUCCAGAUCUAUUUUUCCUUCACAACCUUCACUUCCUUCGUUUUUUUCUCUUCAACCAACCUCCUUCAUUUCUCGACUGAAGAAAUGGCUCCACCGAUUGAGACCCCAAACAAGGUUUCUGGCUAUCAGCACACCCCACACCCUCCUCUUAACGAGAGGAUUCUUUCAUCCUUGACCCGGAGGACUGUUGCUGCACACCCAUGGCAUGAUCUUGAGAUAGGACCCGAAGCGCCAAAGAUCUUCAACUGUGUGGUUGAAAUUGGAAAAGGAAGCAAGGUGAAAUAUGAACUUGACAAAAAAACUGGACUUAUCAAGGUUGAUCGUAUACUUUACUCGUCAGUUGUCUAUCCCCACAACUAUGGGUUUAUCCCUCGUACUAUUUGUGAGGACGGUGACCCCAUGGAUGUCCUGGUUAUUAUGCAGGAGCCGGUUCUUCCAGGUUGCUUUCUUCGGGCCAAAGCUAUUGGACUCAUGCCUAUGAUUGACCAGGGUGAGAAAGAUGACAAGAUAAUUGCUGUAUGUGCUGAUGAUCCCGAGUAUCGUCAUUACAAUGAUAUCAAGGACCUUCCUCCCCACCGUUUAGCUGAAAUCCGUCGCUUUUUUGAGGAUUACAAGAAGAAUGAAAACAAGGAAGUUGCAGUAAACGACUUUCUUCCUGCCUCAGCUGCCUAUGAAGCGAUCAAGCAUUCCAUGACCUUGUACGCUGACUACGUUGUGGAGAGCUUGAGGCGGUGAUGUUGAUGCUUUUGGCACUAUGUUUGGUUGUGAAGACUGUUGCUAUAAUUACGAUUAUGACGAAAUCAAAGCUUUCUAUCUUGUCGCGUGUGCAUUGAUAUCAGGGCAGGCACCAUGCAAAUUCUAUACAUGUUCUUAAUUUUGAGUGAAUGAUUUUUUCAUUUAUUAAUAUCAAAGUUUUAUAUUAUAGCUAAAUCUACCGAAUAUUUGGACCAUAAUCUUACAUCUUAUAAAGGAUUUCUACAACA